AUGGCACCGGUUACUGUCCCCAAUCAAACAGUGCGAGCGCAGUCAGGUAAGGUAGACUACUCCGGUGCACUCCCAAGGCAGCUGGACCGUAUCGAAGUCCAAUUUCUGAGGAAUGUAGAUGAAAACGAAAGCGAAAAUGUUACUGUACAUGAUUCUGUCAAUUUGCCACGGCCCACGCCUGUUAGAAAGCAUCGGUCACAAAAGAGAAGAUCGGAUUUGGCAAUAACGCCCUUAAGGAAAGAGGCAGAUGAAACGUUGCUGCGGCGUUCCGCUGCUUUAUCGUUGCGUGAUCUUGCACCACCUUUAUUGAAUAUGGAACCUUCCCAAGACUUCGAUCUUUGUGGCUUGCCCAAGUCUGCGAAGGAGACGUUCAUCGAGAAGAGGAACAUCAAACAGUUGUAUGACUGGCAGAAAGAAUGCCUCUCGGACCAUCGGCUCCUGCGUGGUUCCAAUUGCAUUGUGUCAUUACCUACAGGAGCUGGGAAAACCCUCAUCGCAGAAGUCCUGAUGUUGCGGGAAGCUAUAGUGAACAAAAGGAGCUCAAUACUGGUGCUACCAUAUGUUGCGAUUGUUCAAGAAAAGAUCACUUCUCUGUCUGUUUUUGAGGAAGCGUUUGGAAUUCGCAUAGAAGAAUAUGCAGCUAACAAAGGUAGAAUUCCACCGAUAAAGCGGAGGAAGGAGGUGUCCAUAUAUGUAGCAACCAUUGAGAAGGCCAACAGUCUCAUAAACUCUUUAAUAGAGACUGGAGAACUGGAUCGCGUCGGUUUAGUGGUGGUUGAUGAGGUUGUUAUUUAG